AUGAACACCAUCAGCAAAUCAGAGAAGAGGAAGGAGAGCGGCAGUCAGGUGGGCAGAGUGCACUACCCGCAGGUUCCUCCGCUUUGUGCUCCUCACUACUCCGAUACAGGCUCAGGCUGCACAGAUGAGCACAGAUCUUAUAAUAUGAUGGGCCACUAUCUGCGUGCAAACAUCUUUCCAGGGCCCCCAGUUGUGUGGUCAUCGCUGGUUAAGGACUCAUAUGCUCAUCAUCCUCUACCAGCAUUUAUCCAUGAUCCAGAGCACUGGCACGGCCACAAAACAGAUCACUUAGUGAACUGGACGGAGCAGAACUUUCUCGACAAACGACUGCAUAAGCUGCUGAAGGAAAUCGAGUUCAAGGGUGUGUCCAAAUGAGCCCGACAUUUUCGGAAACCGCAGCAAAUAAACAAUCGCACCUUCAGAGAAGUGUUAUAACAACACCC